AUGAAACAGACCGUAUUUCACCAGGUAUUCCAGCCUACAUCUUGCUCCGCCAACAUGACGUGGAAGGAUAGCCAGAUGGCCAUCACAAUUGGUGCAGGUAUCCAAGAUGGUGAGAUUUAUGACUUCGCCAAAAAGAACAAUGUGGUAGCAGUUGGAGGAACUAACGCAGACGUGGGAGUGGUGGGAUGGGCUACUGGAGGUGGCCAUGGCUAUCUCACCGGCGAAUAUGGCAUGGGAGCAGACAACAUCCUCGAAGCCUCUAUCGUUACUCCAAAUGGAGAGCUCAUAAUUGCAAACGCCUGUCAAAACGAAGAUAUCUUCUGGGCCAUCCGCGGCGGCGGCGGUGGCACCUUCGGCGUCAUCAUCAACAUGACUCUCAAAGCGUACCCCAUACCGAAAAUGACAUUCAUGGGAUUUGAAAUUGCUGCAAAGAAUGGUACUUCUACCAAGUCCUGGUGGAAGUUUGUUGCACAACUUCAUGGGCUGCUGCCUGCACUUCAGGAUCAGGGUGUCAAAGGAUAUUACACCAUGGGGGGGCCACCCUCCAGCCAGACGAUCGGAGUUGCUGGUUCUCUGUUCCUUUGGAAUGCCAGUAAUGGAACUGCCGACAAAGCCGUGGCUCCCAUCAGACAGCUUCUUUCCGCAAAUAACGAUACUGUGACUGGAUCGGUGUCUACAAUGCCCGUCUCAAAUAUCUAUGAUCUUAUUGGAUCUGUCUCCGCUAUUGAGAAUGUGGGAAAGUCUACGGCAAUCACAGCUGCGAGGCUCAUUACUCGAAAAGUGGUUAUGGAGGAACAGGAAGAACUGGCCCGUGUUCUCGAAGAAAUUGGCCCACUGGCAGUUGAACCAACAGAUGGGGUGUCCAACCCAUCUAUUUCAGGGACAAUGACAAUUAGCCACGAGCCAAUCGACAACUCUCUGAACCCGGCUUGGCGCGAUUCAGUUGUUCACCUCAUUGUCUCUCAGUCUUGGAAAGACUCACUACCGCAAUCAAAGGUCUCAGAGGCGGUCAAUAACAUGACUUACAAGAAACUCAACGCUCUUCAGAGACUGGAUCCCAGCUCUGGCACAUACUUGAACGAGGCGAAUUCACUAGAGCCAGGGUGGCAAUGGUCUUUCUUCGGCACCAAUUACGGACGCUUAAGAGAGAUCAAAGGGAAGAUCGAUCCAGAGGGUCUGCUUUGGUGUCCUCAAUGCGUUGGCAGUGAAGAUUGGAUCCAGCAGGAGGACGGAAAACUGUGCCACAACUAUCAGCCCUUUUCAGUGUAA